AUGGCUAGCCUGCAGAUACGACGCUAUGAGGAUGAUGACGAGGAGACGGUGAAGGGGAUCUUCACUAUGGGCAUGAGAGAACACAUUCCCUCUUCGUUCGUGCGCCUGCUCAAGCAGCCACUGAUGCAGAUGUUAUGUGUGUGUGUGUUUUGCACGCUAAUGGCCACUUCCAAAUCGGUCAUCCUUCCCAUCCUCGCAGUAACACUGCUCCUGGCCGGGGGUCGACAGCUGGUGUCCUACCUGUUCAACAGCUACAUCGACGAGUCCAUGCGGCGGGAUCUGAACAAAAUACAGGAAACCUACAUCAGCUCACCAAACUCCUGCUUUUGGGUGGCGGAGAGUGACGGGCGCGUGGUGGCCACAGUGGCAUGUCUGCCGGCCGAGAAGCAUCCUGGGGGAAUCGCCAAAGCGCUGUGUCGCACAGUGGCCGAAUUUGCACGUUCUCGCGGCUACCUGGGUGUGGUUCUCUAUACAUCUGUGGUCCAGACAGACGCUCAACGCCUGUAUGAGCACGUUGGUUACCAGAGAGUGCGACAGAAGACUUGA